AUGGCCAGGGGACGAGGAGGAGCGCGCGGCGUGGCCGGCAGAAUGGCCGUCCUCGGCCUCGCCCUGUUCGUGCUCGCCGCCGCGGCGCAGGUUGCCGCCGCCGGUCACGACUACGGCACGGCGCUGAGCAAGAGCAUCCUCUACUUCGAGGCGCAGCGCUCCGGGCGGCUCCCCGGCGGCCAGCGGAUCGCCUGGCGCGCCAACUCCGGCCUUCUCGACGGCAAGGCCAACGGGGUGGAUCUGGUGGGCGGCUACUACGACGCCGGCGACAACGUCAAGUUCGGCCUGCCGAUGGCGUUCACGGUGACCAUGAUGUCGUGGAGCGUCCUCGAGUACGGCGAGCAGAUGGCGGCGGCCGGCGAGCUGGGCCACGCCCUGGAGGCCGUCAAGUGGGGCACGGACUACUUCGUCAAGGCGCACCCGGAGGCCGAGGUGCUGUACGGAGAGGUCGGCGACGGUGACUCGGACCAUGAUUGCUGGCAGCGGCCGGAGGACAUGACGACGAGCCGGCAGGCGUACCGGCUCGACCCCCAGCACCCCGGGUCCGAGCUCGCCGGGGAAACCGCCGCAGCAAUGGCGGCGGCGUCGCUCGUCUUCCGCAGCUCCAACUCCGGAUACGCCAACCAGCUACUCCAACACUCGAAGCAGUUGUUUGAUUUCGCCGACAAGUACCGGGGCCGGUACGACAGCAGCAUCACCGUCGCGCGCAACUACUAUGCCUCCUCCAGCGGAUACGGGGACGAGCUGCUGUGGGCGGCGGCGUGGCUGUACCAGGCGUCCGGCGACCGGCGGUACCUGAACUACCUGACCAACAACGCCGACGCGCUGGGCGGCACCGGCUGGUCCAUCAACCAGUUCGGCUGGGACGUCAAGUACCCCGGCGUGCAGGUCCUGGCCGCCAUGGUUCUCCUGCGGGGCAAGGCCGGCGGCGGUGCGCACGCCGACGUGCUGCGGCGGUACAAGCAGAAGGCGGACCUCUUCGCGUGCUCCUGCCUCGGCAGGGCCGGCGCCAACAACGUCCGGCGCACACCCGGCGGCAUGAUCUACCACCAGAGCUGGAACAACGUGCAGUUCGUCACCAGCGCGUCGUUCCUGCUGGCGGCGUACGGCGACCACCUCGCCGCGGCGCGGCAGGCGGCGCAGUGCCCGUCCGGGGCGGCGGCGCAGCCGGCGGAGCUCCUCGCGUUCGCCAGGUCGCAGGUGGACUACAUCCUGGGGAGCAACCCGAGGGCGACGAGCUACAUGGUUGGCUACGGCGCGACGUACCCGCGGCAGGCGCACCACCGCGGCGCGUCCAUCGUGUCCAUCAAGGCUGACCCCUCCUUCGUGAGCUGCCAGGCCGGCUACAACAGCUGGUACCACCGCCGGGGCAGCAACCCGAACCUGCUCGUCGGCGCCACCGUCGGCGGGCCGGACGAGUACGACAACUUCGCCGACGAAAGGGACAACUACGAGCAGACGGAAGCCACCACCUACAACAAUGCGCCGCUGAUGGGCGUGCUCGCUCGACUGGCCGCCGGCCAUGGCGGCGGCCGCCGGUUUGGCCACUCGCUCGCCGAUGAGGUUUCUGCAACAUCCAUCAAGAGCGACAACCAAACCUCACUGCCAUCUCCUUCACUUGCUGCUGAACACGCCUCGCCCAUCGAAAUCGAGCAGAACGCGACGGCGUCGUGGACGGAGAGGGACAGGAUGUACCACCGGUACGCGGUGACGGUGACCAACCGGUCCCUCAAGACGGUCCACGAGCUCCACAUCGGCAUCUCCAAGCUCUACGGCAAGGUGUGGGGGGUCGACAAGGCGCGCUACGGCUACGUGCUCCCGAGCUGGCUGCCGUCGCUUCCCGCCGGCAAGAGCGCCGCGUUCGUGUACAUCCAGGCCGCGCCGCCGGCGGACGUCUGGGUCACCGGCUACAAGCUCCUCUAGAACGGCACCCGGAGGCCACGGGAUCGUCACGCCAUGCGACUUAUCAAGUGAUGAACUAGUAGUGUUCGCGUGCGUGUGUGUGAGUGAAGUGUCAAGGUUUGUUAGGUUGGAAGAGGGACAAAGAGUGAUGGGGCUAGUAAUAUUCUCGGUCAUCCUCGUUGUCCCUUCAGCUAGUGUUUGCUUGUGUGGUGAUUGAAAUAGUAAAAGUGUAGAGAUAUGAUUGAGCCAUUAUUAUGCUACUAUACAACUGCAAAAUGUUGGAAACUAUACAUUUGGGGUUCCAAAUAGAUUGGGUAUGGAUA